AGCCUUUUUUGCUCAUCCGGCCACCUAAGAUGCUUACCCACGGAAUGGCACGCCUCGCGGUUUGGGUCGGGGCGCUAGCAGUGACGGCUGCCGAUGGAGUUUCCUGUGGUGUGGUGCCCUGCGUGCAGCUGCCGCAUUCGGUGCAGAUGCCAAUGAUUGCUUUGGGCUCUUGGCGCGGGAGCUACAAGGACUGCGCGCAAGACAACUACACCUGCGCACAGGCGCAUGCGCGCGGCGCGGUGCAGACGUGGCUGCAAGAGCUGAACGGCACGCACGUGGACACUGCGAAUGACUACCGGACCCAAGUGCAGGUAGGUGAGGCCUUAAAGGCCUCCGGGAAAUCUAGGCAGGAGGUCUUCAUUACAACCAAGUGUCCUGGGGCAAUUGGCUUCAAUGCCACUUUGCAAUGCAUCGAGGACAACCUACAAAUGUUGGGCUUUUACGGCGAGUCGAAGCCCUACAUCGACUUGGUGUUGGUUCACUUCCCCUUUGCCAUUAAGCCAGAGUGCAUAGG